AUGUAUGGAAACAGUUUGCUUGGAUCUGUGGCGAGACGUGUGGGGCCAUCGCUGUUAACAUCGCGGCGUGAUGAUCCCGAUGCGUUUCUCCGACACCUGCAACUCAUCAGCACAGACUUCAUCACACAUUGGCCCGCACAGAAAUGCCUCUUCACACCCUACACAAUAUCCACAACAACUACUACUAAUAUUACUAAUAUUACUACAAUGAAUGAAGAGAAGGGAAUGACACAUUCACACACUGCAGAGAUGAUGAAUGAUGAAAUGUCUACACUUCACACAGCUCUUUGUUUUGCGGUGGGGGAAAAUGAUUCCAAUAAUCAAGCGCAUGUUUUUGAGAUGAGUAUCCUUUUGGCAUUACUACGUCGUCCUCGGGCAGAUUAUGCUGAAACGAUUUUCUGGGAUAUUCUUAUGGAUAAAUUAAAAGAACUUGAUUUUUAUGAACUUCUGCAGCAACACAUAUUAAAAGUUUGGAAAAUGAUUAAAGAACAACAGUGUGGGCCAGAGGUAUUUAGAGGAAUGCGUAUACUUCAGCUUUCAUGUGAUAUUCUUCUUCUUUUUAGUCAACAUGCCAUGAAUUAUUCUCCCAAUGCCAAUAUACUUCGUGAAUUUAUUAUAAUAGCACAGGAGAUGUGGGUAGAUGAUUCCUUAUUGACAUUAAAGCGAUGUGCUAUUGUGAUAUCUGUAUUUUUGUCAAGAUUUCCUUCUUUACUACCAUUGGAUCUACUCUGUACAACUGAGUUAAGUCAAGAUGCCCCAUGUUAUUUGGCUGUUCUUGCUAAGAUUCCUAUACUUCGUCAAGAAAAUGGUGAAAAUCCAGAAACCCUUCGAAUGGCAUUGGAUGUAGUUUUUAAAACGACUGUUUAUUCUAUUCCUCUUAUGGCGUAUUUUUACACAGAUGGAAAUUCUAUUGCAGUGGUUUCUAUUGUACGAGAAUGUUUUGCAUCUAUUUUGUAUGAAAUCUUUUUAACAGCAUCUAGUGAAUUUUGGUCUUAUUUCUCACAAGAUUCACUUAUCUCUAUUACAGAGGCAUGUGCUACUUAUGUUUCUUUAUGGGGAUCUUAUCCUUCUGGUAUGCAAGGAUUACAACGUCAUAUUUAUAAUAUUUAUACAAAUCAUAAUAGUAUCUACGCUAUUUCUUUGGUUAAUUUUUACACAGCCGCUGCUUCUGUGUAUGAUAUUACAUUGGAUGAAUUAGAAGAAGAUUUAUCACUUAUUCGUGGAGAUGCGGUUUCACGGGGUAUUAUGCAUAUACCAUUAAGUGAAGGAUUUUCUCAUUUAAAUGAAAAAAGUAGUCUUUUUAUUAUAAAUGAUGAAUCUCCUGUUAAAAAAACAUUUCGUCUCUUAUCCUCUGGUUGUAGUGCCUUUUCUGGUAAUGAUUCUCUAUUAUUUCUACGAAGUGGACUUUUUCUCUUGCGUGCUUUACUUCCUGUUUAUAUUCAUCAACUUGGAGAACUCGAACGUUUAGCAGGAUGUAGUAUAAAAUCUCUUCUUCGUACGGUUUGUGGUACUAUUCUUUCAUCCUCUUUGGAUGAUACCAAUACGUUAGAAGCUAUGUAUGGUAUUAUUUCAAGAUAUCAUUAUCUUCUUGAUAAUCUUGGUUAUUUGGAUUAUACAUUAUUACUUCCUGAAUUUAUGAAAGGUGUGGGAUUAAAACGUGAAAUAACAGAAAUAGCUUCACUUCAAUUACGACUUUAUAACUCUUUCUUGGGGUUUAAACAUAAUUUCAUAUCUCCUGGAAAGGUAGUGGAAUCUUUAGCAUAUAUUGAACCUGGUGUUAUUUCUCGUUUCUCACUUGCUGUCCCAUUCUUUAUUCAAUGGUUAUCUAUCACACAAACACUACUUUCUGAAACCUCUGAAUCUUUAGCAUCAUUUUUAACAUUUGAGGAAUCCCAUAAUAAAUUAAUUCAUCGACUUUGUGAAGGUAUAUUUGUAAUUAUACGUGAAUUUCAAACUGGGAAUGUUUUUCUAGACUCUUAUUCCGCUGGUUCAUUAUUGGAAGAAAUGAUUCGUAUUCUCUCACUUGCAGUAUUAGAUGAUGAUCGUCAAGAUGUGUUAGCCACAUGUGUGAUUACCACCUAUGGAGAAGAUACACUCUCUGCAUGUUUUAUGCUUUAUAGUUUAAUCUUCGCACAUCAUGCUAAUACUUCUUUAGUGGAAUUAACAGCAAGACUCUUAGCGUAUGUGGUACAACACUCCCAAGAGAAAUUUUUUACUACUAUGCGUUUUCAUACUUCUACGGAAAUGAAACGAUAUUUAUUUGCUGGUAUACAUCGAUUACUACAACCCUCUAUCAAUUCAUCAUCCACAUUAACAACAACAACUACUACUACUACAGUAGCAACAACAACAACUGUAUCUACUACUACAACGCCGUUAACAUCUUCAUCUUCCUAUUCUUCUCUUAAUGUUAUACGAUUGGCAUCUCUUCGCUGUCUUCUUCAAUAUGACCCUGCAUCCUUUUAUUACUUUGUGGUUCCUGAAGAAGCAGAAAAGGGAGUAACUGAAAUUCCGCUUGUUGGGAUUCUGCGUAGUAUAGUGAAAUCGCCAGAUACCGUUAUACUUGAAAAGGCAGAAGCUUUGGAGUUGUUAAGAGCUCUUAAUGAUGUAAGUAUUCCUCUUGAAGAAGUAACAUCUUUACUCUCUCAUACCGAUGGUGGUCCUUCGUACUGUAAAGCUGCUUUUAUUGCAGCUAUAACCAAUUAUGUUUGUGGUAUAAUUUUUGAUGAAAUUCGUUUGGAGUCUGAGCAACAACAACAGAUGGGGAAGUCUGUGGAAAGACAAUCAAAACAACAACAACAACAACAACAACAACAAGCCCCACUUCGUAGUCCAAGUCGAAGUUGUUCUGUUCAAAGUGUGAAAAGUAAAGGAAUUGUAGUUCAUUCAAAAGCAAUACGUUUGAUAACUCGUGUAGGAUGUGAAGCUUUACUACAAUGUGCUGUAUUUUAUAGAAAUGCAGAAAGGGAACUUCGAUUAAUUGAUGUUCAUGAAAAUUCAAUGGUUUCUGAAUAUCAAGGAAAAAGAGAUUCUCAGAGAUAUCUUAUUUCUCAUUCUAGGUAUAAUACUUCCUCUGUUCUUUCUAAUACUAAUAACUAUGAUGCUAUUGAAAAUACAGAGAACGUAUAUAGUUGGGAUAUUAAAUUAUUUCCUAUCCUUGUUGGUAUUGGUUUUUUGGUUCCCCAAAUGGAAAAUAAUGCCCCUGUAAAUCGAAUGGCAUCUGUUUUGGAAUCUAUUAAUCGACUCACAGCUUCAUUAGAAGUAGUUUUAUGGACUGCUAAUAUGGAAAAAGAAGGAGGAUCUAUUGCUCCAAUGAUAUUAGAAGCAGUUUUAGAUGGUAUUACGAUGGUAGAACCUACAGUACCUUCUCUUCAUGGUCUUAUGUGGGAUUGUUUAAAUGGUUGGUUAUCACUUGCACGAGCUGCAGCUGAAGUACUUGCACAAUGUAUGGCUGACAGUGUACUCCCGGUAUCCACGGCUAAAUUAAAUCCAUUUUUUCAGAAUUUUGUAAAACUUUUAAAUUCUAAUCGUAGGAGUAUUACUGUCCUUUCUCAAGGAUUAGGAGUUUUAUCCGUAUUUCAGCCUUCCGAUUUAUUAGAUGAUGCGACAAUAAGACAAAUAUUUGAACUUAUUGAUGAUGUUUUAGAAAAAAAUAGAACUAUGACACCUUCAAAUAUGUUCUUUGUUUUUAUUUCAGAGAUAUGUGCAACUUAUAAUCGAUUUGGAGAUUUUUGUUCUUUAAAUUCGGCUUUAAAUACAAUGGAAAGUUUAUGGUCAUGUGCUUUAAAUGUGUCACAUAAAAUUUCAGCAACAGAUUGUUCGUGUGCACUUUCAGAUUUUUUUGAUCAUCUUAUAAAUGCUAUGAAUACUGUAUUAUUAAAAGCUGGAGAAGUAUCGAAUUAUUUCUCAGAAAAGCAAGUGAUGAACUUAGCUAGCGCUCUUGGUCAGUUUACUCAAUCAGCAUGCUAUGAUUCUGUUGCAAACUUGUAUAGACCACAAGCAUGGCAUCGAGGAUGGAUGUCAAUACUUCGUCUACUACAAACUUUAUUAGUAGUAUGUGGAAGUAAAGUUAAUAGAGGUGAAAACAAUUAUAAUAUUAAUAUGAUGAAUGGACUUCGUGAUGAAUUCACUUGGGCUAAAUUUGUUUCUACAUUAGCUUCAACAAGUCCACGAUUUCAAGAUGCUAUUUCUGGUUUUACUUUUCUUAACCCUACAGUGGAACCAAAACCGUUUUCAUGGGAAUUAGAAGAGAUGCAACUCUGUACCUCACUCCUUGAUAUCACAUCAAGUUUAGGUGUAUCUGUCUCUGCUGUUACUCCUCAUGUACGACGUUGUUUCUGCCGUCUUCGCCGUUAUCGUCUUCAGACAAUGGGAAUAGUGGAGGAACGUUGGUUAGAGUCUGUUCUGGUCCUAACUGUACGGCAUCAACUCUCCUUUCUCCUUCAGCAACAGUUACCUCCGGCCUGUGCUGCAGAUGAAGAGUCGGUUGUAGUUACGAUUGAGCGGUACAGUUCUGUAAAUCAUACAGAUUCUGAGGAACAGUUAUCCUUCGAUACCCUCCGAUCCUUUACAUUGCGGGAACUGAGUAUUAUUCGCCGUGGACGAUCUGACCCUACCACAUCUUUUUCAAACAGCACAAAUACCAAUAAUAGUAUUAGUAUUAAUAAUAAUAAUAAUAAUAAUAAUAAUAAUAAUAAUAAUAAUAAUAAUAAUACUACAAAUAUGAUGAAUACUCCUGCAUCUCUUCACUCUAGUUUCGCUACAGCAGAUAUUGGGAUAGAUAAUGAGGCGGGAGUGGGGCCACAUGCCGAUAAUGUUCAACUCGCUCUUCGUCUUUUUACUCGACAUGCAAGAUUCUAUCUACGCACUCGUUGUCUCACACUUUGGGAACGACGACAACUCGCGGUAGCGCUGGAAAAACUCCUUCACGCACUUAAUCGUCUAAUUCAUGAUGUACGUCGACUAGAGAAUGCAAAACUAACAUGGUUGGUGGAAAAUGUUCGGGAUGAAUUGCAGAGUUUGAUUGGGAAUCUUCAGUGUGGGUCCUAA